GAGAAGCGCCCGGUCGGUGGGGCCCGGAGGGAUACCCACGUCCGAGCGGCUCCGAGUCGCCUCGGGCGCGCCCGUCCGGCGCACACGUGCGUUCAAUGAGCCAGGUGCAAGAUUGCACGCGCGCCCCGGCAUCCCGAGCCCGGCCGGCCGGGAGCAGAUUGGGUGCGAGCUGCCCGUGGUGCUCCUCCUGGCCGCCAGUAGCGCGCGGAGCACCGGCGCGUUCAGUUAAAGUGUAACGGGGCAGGCAGGGCAGGGCCAGGCCGCCGCCGCCGCCAGCUCCUCCGGUUCCACCGCUGACCAUCCCGGCACUCCGACCGAGCUGCCCACGAACUUCCAGUGCUGUGAAGAAUAGAAGUGGCAAGAGUGAGUAUCCUUGUCUUGUUCCUGAUCUUAAGUUUCAUUCCAUUAUGAUCAGAAAAGAUACUCUGGGAGGAGCCAAGAUGGCGGAGUAGAAGGACGCUGGUAGCUCACCCUCUCACACAAAUACACCAAAACUCGCAUCCACGGACCCACCCAGCCAACCAGAGCACCUGCUGAACUCCAACAGAACAUCGCCCUCUUCAAAAGACAAAGACACCACGAAUCUGGAAAAGUAAAUCAUCACAUUCCCCUCAGUGGAUGUAAGAAGACUUGGGCUAGAAGCAUGUGGCGCAUCCUGCAAGGCUGGAGGCGAGGGCGCCUGUGUUCAUGGGGAGCCCUGGGGCCACACUGGCCCCCGGGCAUCCGUGCUCUGGCCGUUGCGGGCCCCCGGAAUGCGGACGAGUACAGCCACGUGGUGGUGGGUGCGGGCUCCGCCGGCUGCGUGCUGGCCGGCCGGCUCACGGAGGACCCCGACGGGCGCGUGCUGCUGCUGGAGGCCGGGCCCAAGGACUUGUACGCAGGGAGCAAGCGGCUCCUGUGGAAGAUCCACAUGCCCGCGGCCCUCGUGGCCAACCUGUGCGACGACAGGUACAACUGGUGCUACCACACGGAGCCGCAGCCGGGCCUGGACGGCCGGGUGCUGUACUGGCCGCGCGGCCGGGUCUGGGGCGGCUCGUCGUCCCUGAACGCCAUGGUGUACGUGCGCGGGCACGCCGAGGACUACGAGCGCUGGCAGCGCCAGGGCGCGGCGGGCUGGGACUACGCGCACUGCCUGCCCUACUUCCGCAAGGCGCAGGCGCACGAGCUGGGCGCCGGCAGGUACCGCGGCGGCGACGGGCCCCUGCGCGUGUCCCGGGCCAAGAGCGGCCACCCGCUGCACCGCGCGUUCCUGGAGGCGGCGCAGCAGGCCGGCUACCCCCUCACCGAGGACAUGAACGGCUUCCAGCAAGAGGGCUUCGGCUGGAUGGACAUGACCAUCUACGAAGGCAAGCGCUGGAGCACGGCCUGUGCGUACCUGCACCCGGCGCUGAGCCGCCCCAACCUCACGGCCGAGGCCCAGACGUUUGUGAGGAGGGUGCUGUUUGAAGGUACCCGUGCAGUGGGCGUGGAGUAUGUCAAGAACGGCCAGAGCCAGCGGGCUUAUGCCAGCAAGGAGGUGAUUCUGAGCGGAGGUGCCAUCAACUCUCCGCAGCUGCUCAUGCUCUCCGGCGUGGGCAACGCAGACGACCUCAAGAAACUGGGCAUCUCGGUGGUGUGCCACCUUCCUGGGGUUGGCCAGAACCUGCAAGACCACCUGGAGGUGUACAUCCAGCAGGCGUGCACCCGCCCCAUCACCCUCCACUCUGCGCAGAAGCCCUUGAGGAAGGUCCGGAUUGGCCUGGAGUGGCUCUGGAAGUUCACAGGGGAUGGAGCCACAGCCCAUUUGGAGACAGGUGGGUUCAUCCGGAGCCAGGCAGGCGUCCCCCAUCCGGACAUCCAGUUCCACUUCCUGCCGUCCCAGGUGAUCGACCACGGGCGGGUUCCCGCGCAGCAGGAGGCUUACCAGGUGCACGUGGGGACCAUGCGGGGCACAAGUGUGGGCUGGCUCAAACUGAGAAGUGCCAACCCCCACGACCACCCUGUGAUCCAACCCAACUACUUGUCAACAGAAGCUGACAUUGAUGACUUCCGGCGGUGUGUGAGGCUAACUAGGGAAAUUUUUGCACAGAAAGCCCUGGCACCAUUCCGGGGGCAGGAACUCCAGCCAGGAAGCCACAUCCAGUCAGAUAAGGAGAUAGACGCUUUCGUGCGAGCAAAAGCAGACAGCGCCUACCACCCGGCAUGCACCUGCAAGAUGGGCCAGCCCUCUGACCCCACUGCAGUGGUGGACCCGCAGACCAGGGUGCUCGGGGUGGAAAACCUCCGGGUGGUCGAUGCCUCCAUCAUGCCCAGUGUGGUCAGUGGCAACCUGAAUGCCCCCACCAUCAUGAUCGCAGAGAAGGCAGCUGACAUCAUUAGGGGGCGGCCGGCACUCUGGGACGAGAAUGUCCCCGUCUACAAGCCCAGGACCCUGGCCACCCAGCGUUGAGGCUGUCUCUGCCUGAGAAGGCCCAGCACAGCCCUUGCUUUAAAUACUCUUCCCUGAACUUCUCUAGCAUGUCAUGAUUCAGUGGGAUUCAGUGGCUGAGAACUGGGUAAUUUCUUAAGAAAUGAGACCAGUACUGGUCAGUGAAUCAGGUUCCUUCUUCCCAGCAUGUCCCUGUGGGCCUUCUGGGGAAGGCCAGCGUUCUGGCUGGGGCCCCUCUUCCCUGCCUCCUGGUGGGACAGCAGAGGGGAGGGGAGUCUGGUGGAGAAGGGUUAACUCCUACCAGGUCCUUGUCUUCUAUUCUGUGGUGCUCUCCAACCCAGUGUCCUCCUGCCUGCUGCCUCCCUUGGCCCGGGAGGACUUGAAGAAGGUGGUUCUCGCUGGAGGCAAGCUCCUCAAAGAGCAGGGUGCUGGCACGGAGGCUGGGGCGUCCUCCUCCUCCGGCUGAAAACUGGAAGUGCAGCUGCAAUGGGCACAGCCGCCAGCAUCCCCAUCCAGAAGGAAAGCUGCCUCCUGGGAGACACAGGCUUCUCCUUCCUCUGCCACUUCAGUCCCACAGCGAGGCAGGAACCUGUGCUCAGGUAGGUCCUGCUGAGGGGCUUGCCACCCACGUCUCGAUGCUCGGUUCUUACUAACAUCAUCAGCCCAAUGAGAGGAGUUCCGGAUCUUGUUCCAGGAAACGAGUCUGGAAGGCUUCUUCACUACCAUAGGUUUCAUGAUUUAGCAUUUUUAAAGAUUCUUCUGUUGCCAGGAAACCUAGAAACCCAGAGCAAACCUGCAUCCCUGGCCCCGGUCCAUGCAGACCUGCUAGGCUGCGAGGAGGCCUCCCUCAGCCUGGGGAACGGAGCGGCUCCGCAGCGGCCAGGGCUGGCUAGUUCUCAUCCUCCCCACGUCCACGGGCCAGGCGGGAGCCAGACUGAUGGAAGAAGCAGUCAAGUGAAACUAUGAUCCUGAUCCUGUAAAAAACACAACUGAGUGAAAGAAAAAUAAAUUGGUGAAGAUUUGAGGUUAGGGGGAAAACAGAUACAAAGUAGCAUUUAAAAUAGCUCUCUGAUCUUUAAAUUUAUAAUUCAGCAAUGCAAUUCUGUAACUUAUUUUUGAACUGAGAUGCCUUAUCCGGACUGUUGUUACAAGGUAAUGAAAACUUGAAAACACUUUGGAUUGAUUUUUCUGGCGAUACCCAGUCUGUGGCAGGAAAGAUAAUUGCAGUUUUAGUCCAACCUGUCGUGCUGGGCCCAGAAUCAGGAAGGGAGGAAAGUGGAACAUUCCAGGGUUCACCCAGAUCACAGUGGACUGAGGUGGCUUGGAGGCCUGACAGCUGCAAUUUAUGUUUCUGAGAAAGAUUCCAGAAAAGUGGAAAGAAGAAAACUGUCACACCUUGCUUCCUUUAAAAAUGUGUAAGGAAUUCUUGUUUAAUCUGAACUGUAUCUUUGUUUUCUGUUCCAAGGGAGGGUCAAGAAAGAAAAUUUUAAAUCUGCCAAGAGCCUUCUUUCUCCUAGAGACGUCUCCACCUGCCCCACAGGCAUCUGUUGGGUCUUGGAGCCUCCUGCAGGGAUUAAGGAGCAGCAGGAGUGCAGGUGCCAGCCCACCACUCUGAGGGCCACGAAGUGACACCUUAGGGGUAUGUGUGUGGGGAGGGGGGUCCCAGGCCUGACCGUGACUGCUGAUCUCUGGUGCUGGUCAUUCAUUCUGCCACCUUUGCGUGCCGGGCCGGGCCCAGCCUCUGACACAGUGGCUGACUUGGUAGAUAGUGACGUGCCCCAAGGAGCCUGUACAGUCGGAGGGACAUGCAGGCCCCGCUCCCCCGCCUGCUUCCCAGGCCUUGUUCCGCACGAGCCCACGGCACCGCCACACACAGAAAUACCUUUCACAGGAGACCAUGAGUGUCAGAGACCCAGCACCCCACAGGAAAACUGUUGGGGUUCAGACCACGGACAGACAGAAUAUUGUGACCGCAAGUGGUUCCUCACUCGAGCCCUGACAGGUGAGUGCUGUGGCCACCUGGGCAGAGAGGAGCAGUGUCCCAGCAACGGGCUGUCUGAAAGUCCCACCGCCACGAGGGAACCUUCCACCUCGGAAGGGAGGGUCGUUGGCUGAGGAAGCCAGAGACGGAGGACGACCACAGUCAAGAGGCCCAAGGGCACAGAGGCCAGCCGGCACUCAGCCUCUCGAGGAACCAUGGAGACUGUCAGGUAAGCCCCUUAGCUGCAAGCUUGCAAGACCCCCAACAUGGAAAAAUGUACAUUUAAGGAAAAAUGUACAUUUAAGGAAAAAUGUACAUUUAAGGAAAAAUGUACAUUAAAAAAAAAUGGUUGAAAAAGCCUAACAGAAAGCUGUGCCCAGGCUUUGAGGAACACGGACCCAUGUGAAGAAGCCAGUGUUUAAGCUGCAGCCUCAACAGGUCAUUCGUGGUUGGAAAAAGGGGCAAAGGAGCAGCCUACCUGCAGGUGACCAGGAAAUGGCAGGUCCCGAAGCGGGGCUCUGGUGCCUUCAUGUGCGGCCCUUCUGUUUCCAGUGCAGGCUCAGGAAUUGUCCAUAAAUAUAGUCUUCUCUCCAUCCAAACCAUGGUCUUCUGCCCAAAGGUUGUUUCUUAUUUCCACUGAACAGCUGAACAUCAGAUCUCAUAGUAGGAGCUUUUCUCUUAAAAGCCAGAGAAAAGCACACAGCCUUCCCCACUGGCCCUGAACUGAGACCCAGGCAGUCUCCCAGGGGAGCUCCUGCCCCCGGCCCCACGGGGCGCCCUCAAGGCCACUUAACACUGUCGUUUCCCUGCUGGAAGCAAAGGCCCCAGGUCUGCUCCUCUUUCUCACCUGCCUCCUAGUCCCGGUAGGAAAGGAGUAUCAUUUUAGAGAAAUUAAAACUUUUUCAACAGGUGAAGACACAGCAGGAGUCUGCGUCUAGGGAGGCUAAUAAAGGAGCUGGAACUGUGACACUAACCAGUUUUCAGAACAAACUGACCACACAUCCUAACAAUGAAAACUUUUGAGGAAGACAGGCAAAGACACUUACUUAGGACUGUAAAACAAACAGUAUGACAUUAACUGCUCUGGUUUCUCUCCUAAGUGCAGGAUCAGCCAUAAAGUAGGUUCACUGGGCAGCUGAAGCCCACUCUGUACACCGAGAAGCUUCUGGGGCCUUCGCAAUGCACCCCUCCCAGCCUUGGCCCGAUUCUGAAACAUUUCAGGGUGGAGCUGGGAGGUGCCUUCUGGCUCGGCUGUCUGAUGGAAAUCACGGAGACGGCUGUUAAUGAAGUUCUUGCGUGUCAGUAGUUAGAGCUGCCAUUUCCAUCUUAUGAUAUCACAGAAAACACAGAUGAAAAAAAACAAUGUACUAUUCCUGGGGACACGACAAAAUGACUUUUUAGGGGUGGGGAGAGGAACCAAAGAGGAGAGACAUUUAAUCUUAAAACUCCUAAAAGGUAAAAACCAUGCUCUGCAACUUCAAGUUUUUCUCACAAAAGAAAAUUUAAUGUUAGCUGACAGACAUGAGGAGUGGUGCAGCCUUUGAAAAUGCCAGGUUUUAAGUGCUGACUAGAAAAGGUCGUCACCUGUGCCAAGAAGUGCCGUCCGGGCAGGGCAGUCGUGGACGGAUGACAGUAAGCCACGCAGUCAACCAGUACCCGGUGAAGAGACAGAGUCCGAGAUGACGGUGUCAGUGAGUUAGCCCUUUAGGAGAAACAGUGCUACCGGCAGCUGGUGUUAAGUUAACGUUGGCAUCCAAGGAGCUGUGAGGAUAAGAAAAAAUCUACAUAAUUACAGACAUGUCCUCAGAGUACCUGCCCCCUUUGAAGCUUUCACUGACGAACACCAGCUCUUUGCAAGGAGAGCUCCCAAAUACAAUAAAAUUAUUACACAGUUUGAUUUUACGUUUUAAUAAAAAAGAAGUUACGUCAGGAAAUAGUCAUUUACAAACCUUGAAGUGUUUUUGCCUGGAUCUGGAGUAAGAAUGUCUUAAGAAGAGGUUUGUAAGGUCUUCAUAACAAAGUGUUAUUUACAAAACCAAACCCCCCCCCCAAAAUUAAUAGAUGAUAUAAUUAAAAAUUUCAAACCAAAAAUUGCUACCAGUCUUUUUGACUGCAGGGAAUCCCUGCCAAGGUCGCUAACUUGACAAAGUCGGCAUAAUUCUGUGAACAGAAAAGGAAUCCUUGAUGGGUCUCAUGAUCCAAAAGUGGGUUUUCAUCAGGAAGUCCAGCUGGAGAGUGAGUGCAUUCUAAUGAAAACGUCAGCCCUCGUUCAGUUGCAUAUAAAAGCCCUCAAAGAGAACACACAGUACAGCAGUGUUUCGUAAAAAAGGCAACAAUAUGAUUCGUACAGACCCCGACAUCUGGGCCUGGAGAUCAGCACUUGGCCCCCUCGGCCCCCUGCCCCAGGACUCCGUAUUUCCUAAGACAAGCAAGCAGCCUCACCAGUCCUCGGGGGACAACAGCAGAGAGAGUUCAUUCACCUGUGAGAUUAUUUCUGCAUCGGAAAGGCAAAAAGGUCCUGUGGGGGCAGCUGAGAAGACCACGGCUGUGAUGCCCCAGGGUCAGAGGAGCCAGCUCGACCUACUCUGCAGUGAACUCAUUGGAGGGGUAUUAAAGUAAAACAAAAGACAGCUGCAACCCAUGGUGGAUCGGAAAGUACAAUAUCAAAUCACAGAACCCUGGCCCAAAGAAAAGACUGCAGAUAGUCAUCUGGUAUCUCGUGUGUAAAGAUAGAUUUAUAGUGACUCAAAAUAUUUUAGAAAAAAUCUCUGUAGUGUCAAGUUCUUUUAAACUUAAAAUUUUACCCCCAAAAGAUUUUCACUGAAUAAAUGAGAAUUGGCUCUA